UUCGUUUGUUUUCUGAGUGUUUGAAAGGUCAAGUUUCUUUCUUGUCAGUCAGUUUCAGCUCUGUCAGAAGAUGAGCAAAUCAGAAAAGCCUCUGUCAACAUUAUGGGGCUGUGAACUAAAUGAAUCAAACAAGCAAGAAUCUUUCAAGACCGAUGACACAAACCAUCAGCACCAGCUUGCAUUAAGAACUAUGUGCUUGGGCCACACUGCCAAAGAUGAAUUUAACAUUGUUGAAUUGAUUUCUGGAGAUAGUGAUGCCAAAGGUGUGCCAAUUGCAACUCUACAUGCCAAAUCAAUGCCAACAGUCAACUUGUCUGGCUUAGACUUGCAUCCUCCAGUGACAUUUCGGCUGAAGCAUGGCUCAGGCCCAGUAUUUGUUGGUGCAGAACACGUAGCCUUGGAAGACUUUUCAGAUGAAGAAAUGGAAGAUGAGAUGGAGGAGGAGGUGGAGGAAGAGGAGGAAGAUAUUGAGGAGUCCCCUGUAAAGAAAGUCACAAAAAACACUGCUGGCAAAAGAAAGAAACCAGAAAAAGAAGAUGAGGAAGAAGAAGAAGGUGAAAACAAUCCUCCUAAGAAGGGAAAAGGAAGGGGUAGAAAGCCAUUGGCUGCAAAGGUUUGACCAAGCAAGAGUGAAGAGCAAAGGAUUAAAUGAUGCCAGUCAAGUGACUAAUUCAAAGCAAAGUAUUCUGUUGCACUGUUCAAUUACACUGCAGUUGUAAAAAGGCUCUUUCGGGUAUGGAUUUCAAAAUGCUUUGUCUUGUAUUGCAGCAAUAUUCUGGCUUUUAGUAAUAAAAUUGCAGAAAAGUUGGACAUAAAGAAAUUAAAUUUAAUGGACUGUUGGUUGACUAUUUAAAAUGAAACUUGCUUCAUAUUACUGGUAUAAUAGUGCAAAUGAUGAAUAAAUUGUCAUCAGACUUGGAA